CAAAUUUUGUUUAUUUUUUGUUGAUUGUGUCUUCUUGGCUUAGUUGGGUUUCGAAGCAGUUGGCUAACUAAACAUUUAGCGAAAUGGCUCCCAAACCAAAGCAAAAAGUGACGAUUCAUAUCGAUCCAAAUAAAUGGAGUGAACAAAUCAAAGAAAUUGAAAAGUCUCACUUGGAAGAGGACCAAUCAGCAGGGGGAGAAGGCGACUACGAUUUGGAAUGGUUGGAUAAUGAGGAGGAGGAGGAGGAGGAAACCGUAUUGAAAUUGUACGAACCUUCAGAACCAAGUGUUAAUAUUGGUCGCAUUGACUUGUCAUUUCCAGAGACCACACAAGAGUUUGCAAACACUGAAGAAUGUUAUCUUCCAAGUUAUUAUACUCAUUCGUCGAAGGAGCGACUAAUUCUACUCUAUGCUGAAAACUUUCGUAGACAAUUUUGUUUUCUAUUCCCAAAACGUCGUCCACUGGUUCUUGCACCGUACAACGAAUGCAAUAUACAGAAAUUUGUUUGCACAACGAUUCGACCAACCGCUUUUGCUUAUGUGCCACUGAUUGCAGACGAGGUGGGAAUCGCUAGAUUUGUUUCGGAUUUUAUAGUCUAUGAACCAUUGAAAGACAUUAUUGAAACCGUAAGUUAA